AAUAAUAAUAAUAAUAAUAAUAAUAAUAAUAAUAAUAAUAAUAAUAAUAAUAAUAAUAAGAAACAAUUACAACAUACCAAGAAUUUUAUGAGUCCUACUAUAUCAGCAGCUAUUAAGGCUAAUUGUAAUAAUAAUAAUAAUAAUGUUAGUGUAAAGAAAAUCUUGGCUGAAAGAAAUGAAACCCUAGAUGUUGUUAAACCAAAUAGUGUGAUAAGAAGAUCAUCUAAUUUUGAUUCAAAAGUUGUGAAAUUUUCUGGUUUUGAUGCUUGUUAUGGUGAAAAUGUUGAGAAGGGUUUAGUGGGUAAGUCAUCUUUGCAGCCUUAUGAUCCUAUAAAGAAUUACCUUUCACCUAGGCCUAAGUUCUUGAGGUACAACCCGGAUAGGCGUAGGAAGACAUUGAAUUUACGAGAAAGUGUUGAAGAUUGUGUUAAAAGUAGUAGUUCUUUUGAUGUUGGUAAUGGGAAUGGUAAUGGUGAAUUGCCCUCUUCGGGUUUGGAGUUAGAGUCAGGCUCAGGGGUAGGUUCGUCUGACUCUGCAGAUUCUUGUUUAAAAAAGAAGUUUGAGGAAGAAAGUGUAAAUGAAACCGAGAAAGGAGGUGAAGGUGAAGAUGAGGAAAUAGGAGAAGAAGAGGAGAUGACUGAAUUUGGGGAAGAUAAUUGUCGGAGUUUGAAUGCCAUUUUGAAGUUUGUUUUUGUAGUACUUGCAGUGAUUUUAAGUACACAAGCCAUAUGUUCAAUGAACUCACCUGACAAUUUACACGCUAAAGAAUCUGUAUGGGGUAAUAGUAAUUGGUAUAGUAAGGUUUAUGGUUCUGCGAGUUCAAAUGUCUCUGAAGUUGUAUACGGUGUGAUGAGGGAAGGAGAUUUACUGGUGGAAAGAUUGAAGGUUGGGGAUGCUUAUCGUGAUCAUAAGGGAGUAAUAAGUGUGAAAAGUACUGAAGAAUUGGUGGAGAUUCAAGAUGAACUAAUGGAUGAAGUAGAAAACGAUGAAACUUAUCUGAAAUACCAAGAGAGUGCUGAGAAGUUGCCAGUGCAAGAAAUUGUCAAAAGUGAGGUGGUGGAUAUCAGUAAUGUAAAGGAAUACAGUGAAGACGGUCUUGUUGAAGAUAAAGAAAUUAAGGCAGGUGAAGUGGUGGAUAUUGGAAGUGGAGACGUGAGCAAAGAAGUUCAUGAUUUUAAUCAAGAUGCUCUUAUUGAAGGGCAAGAAAUUAAAGUUAAUGAAGUGUUAGAAGUCGGUAAUGUGGAGGUUGAGAUAGAGGUUCAUGAUAUUGAUCAAGAAGAUGGUGUUCUUAUUGAAGAUUGUGAUUUUGCUGGAAGUGAAAACAAGUUCCAAGUGACUGCUGAUGCCGAUUUUGAAAUGGAAGAAAACAUGGAGGAAGUAAUGGAGAAUGGGGCUGUUGAUGAUAUAAAAAGUACGAGUAGUAAUGUUCUGGUCAAAUCGGCAACUUUUGAUCCAACACUUGCUGUGUUGAUUGGGGUUCCUAUACUGGUUUCGAUGUUUUUUGGUGUCAUUUAUCAUUCAAUGAGGAAGCCUUUUUUUCUUGCCUCAACAAAAGUAGCCAAACAAAUCAUUGUAGCCGAAAAAAAAGAAAUCAAGGCUCCUGAACCCGCUCCAACUCCAUCAUCUUUGCAUCUUUGCAAUCAAGAAUCAUUGCAGAGAGAUGUUUAUAAGGAAAUUAGCCACGCCACCUAUGCACCAUCAGUCGAAUUGCUAAGCGAGUUUGUGUUUGGAGAAGAAGUCACUAGUUCUGUUAGGAACUACAACAAUAUAUCGGCAGAAGCUAAUGCAAGCAAUUCCUUUAUCCGAACAACUACAGUUUCCAUUGAUCAAACAAAAUUGUCUCACAUGGAAAUGUCAGCUGGGGAUUCUCAUACAGUCAAGAAACAGAGGCACAAAAACGCAGAAGUGAGCAGCACAGUUACGCCUUCAUCAGUGAGAAGAUCAAGCCGACUGCAAAACCGAUCUAUCAUGUCUCCAUGAAUCAACAUUAUCUCUUCUGUUUUUUUUUAGUAGAACAUUGAAAUAGAACAUCAAUCUGAUGAUCUAUUUUAACUCUUAGAAUCGUAUAAUAACCAUGUAUCUCUUUUAACUACAUUAGAAUCAUGUAAUGUAAUAACCACCUUUUAAGCUCCUCUCCAAGUUCAUUCAUAAGAAAUAAUUUACAAAACAAAA